CUGUGUCUGUGGUACGUGAAUGUGAGGCUGUGUGACAAUACUUUCAAUCUUGCUCCGGAAUCUUAAUUGAUCAUGGAAUUAUUUACCGUCCUUACUGUUGCUGUUGUCGUUGCUGUUGUAGCAUGGAAACCUCUUAGAAAGUGGUUAAAAGGAGGUCGUUGCCAUAGCAAUGCUCGUAUGGACGGCAAGACGGUCAUCAUUACAGGAUGCAAUACAGGAAUUGGCAAGGAAACUGCUAAGGAUCUAGCAAAGCGAGGAGCCCGUGUGAUAAUGGCCUGCAGAAACAUGGAGAAGGCUAAGGCAGCGCAAUUGGAUAUCAUCAGAGAAUCUGGAAGCUCCAAUGUAGUGGUCAAGAGACUGGACCUUGCCUCGAUGAAGUCUAUCAGAGAGUUUUCAGACGAGAUUAAGAGAGAGGAGAAAUCACUGCAUGUGCUUCUUAACAAUGCUGCUGUUGCACUGUGUCCUCCAUCGAAGACUGAAGAUGGUUUUGAGAUGCAGUUUGGCACCAAUCACUUGGGCCAUUUCCUCCUGACGCUUCUCCUCCUAGACCUACUCAAGACAUCAGCUCCAAGUCGCAUCGUCAACGUGUCCUCCUUGGCCCAUGAGGGAGGAAAGAUUAAUUUUGACGAUAUCAUGUUAACCAAAAACUACAAUAACUUUGGUGCCUAUAGUCAGAGCAAGCUUGCCAAUAUCCUCUUUACCUCAGAGCUUGCAAGACGUCUGAAAGGGACUGGUGUGACAUGUUAUAGCCUGCAUCCCGGAGCUGUUGAAACAGAUCUACUGCGUCACAGAGACACCUAUAACGCAGUUUGGACCAUCAUGCUCUUCUUCAUUGAACCAUUCUUCAAAACAGCUGAAGAGGGCGCUCAAACUAGUAUCUACUGCUGCGUUGAUGAGAAGGCAGGUCAAGAGACUGGAUUGUAUUAUAGUGAUUGUACUGUGAAGCAACUAAAAAGUCAUGCUAGAGAUGAUAAGGCUGCCAGGAAGCUUUGGGAUCUCAGCCUCAAGCUGGUUGGACUGGAAGAGUGAGCUGCUUUGUGAUCUUGUCCCAGAUCAGGGCCCCGUCUUACAAAGAGUUACGAUUUACGAUUGAUCCAAUCAAUCACAACUCUA